AUGGAUUUGACGCUGUCUCAAGCGCUUAACUCACUAGAUCCGGUAGCUCCCCAGGUUCCAGAGGGCGACCUUCCCACUCGCCUACAUACAGUUUCUACUACGCAAGAACCGCUGGAUAUAGAUGCUCUCGCGCGCACUCUCUGCGGUGUACUUCGUUCAGGUGACAUGGAGCACUCCAUGACGGAGCUCGACCAACUGGAUAGCCAGCUAAUUGUCGCACUUGCAGAUAUAAGGUCGAAGAGGAACAAAUUCGUCCCCGCCAAUCUCUUACCACCUGAAGCUCUUUCGCGGGUCUUUGAAUGCCUCCAAACGCCUAUCCUCGACUCCCCGUACUCUUUACCCUGUUCAAUUCACCAAUGGAUGGCCGUUGCGCGCGUCUGUCGAUAUUGGAGAAACACUGCUCUCUCUUAUCCCCACUUGUGGAGCCACAUCUACAUUCGCCAUCCCUUCGACGACAUCGCACGCAUGCACAUCAAAUAUUCGGCACAAGCUCCUAUCAAGGUAUACCUCCCUUCAGCAAGUGCUUACUGUAGAAGCAUAAAUAGCGACUAUGACGAAGAACCAGAUGAAUAUCCAGUCGAAACCGACCUCAUUUCCGCCAUUGCCCUACAUCCGGAGCGCGUACGCGAGCUCCACGUCGACUACCGAUUCCUUGCUCAAGAAUUCCCCUCCCCUUUGUUCCUUCUGCCUUUCCCCAACCUCGAGUCCCUGAGUAUCUUCACGGAGUGGCAAGAUAUUCAUGCGCCAUAUCUCCCUCCAUUGUAUGCAUCGGAUGUUUCUCCACGAUUGACCAAAGUCCUUUUCGGCAACCCUCGCAUGUGGUGCUUGGAUUCUUUUGCCAACCUGACCCAUAUUUCCUGGUAUAAGCAGUUGGUGGCCGAGCGACCACAACUCGCUCGUUUUCUGGACGCAUUAGCAGCAUCCCCAAUGUUGGAAGAGUUGGUCUUGAACGACGCUGGUCCAGAUAUAUUACCAGAUCAAGUUGGGCCAGUCCCUGGUCUUCCUGUCGUCGAUCUUCCUUGUCUACAACGAUUGGAAGUUGGGGAUUGGAAUCGGAUAGACAGGCCAGUUUCUGUCCUGCUAUCGCAUCUUAAAAUUCCGAGGCAUACGACUCGCUACUUCUGGGGAGACCACCUCCAGCCUCCAGCGCAACUAUUGAAGAAUUUUAACAGCGACGACUCGGAAACGAUCCACGAAGACAUCCGAAGAGUUUUCAUUACGGGCACAGCAGGCCGUGCGGAUCGCAACCAACUAAUGGGGGUUGAAGGACAAGUCCUUCAUCUUGUGGGGCAUAUAGAAUACAGCGAAUACCUGACGUUGUUCACAGAUCAUGCCUUCCCCAACGUGGUCGAAUUUGUUCUGUGUCCUGGACCAGGCCGGGCGAUGUUGCCAAACGACCUGCGCGAGAUAUUCAACAACCUCCCCCAUCUCUCAACAUUUACGUUCACAGAUUCGCAACAAAACGUAGAAAGCAUCGCGCUCGGGCUGGGGCUCUUGAAUAACAGCACUUCAGAAGGAUCUACUCGGACGCCAGUCCCCGCACCCCUUCUCACGAAAAUAAAUCUCUAUCACGAUCAUGACAUGUCGUACAACUACUACGCAAGCCCCCAGCCACGCAAAAUUCUCCCCAUUGUCCUUCUAGCACAACAGCGCGCGCAAAUGGGCCAUCCCAUCAAAGAGUUCCGGAUUGAAGACGCCCCGUCAGAGGAGGCAAGUCGAAAGGACCUGAUUGAAAUUCUUCGCCAACAUGUGGAAAGGGUCGAGGAAAUCACCCAAGUGGAGCGCUAUAACGAAGCAGACCAUCUCUGGAUCCAGGUGUGGCAAGACAUCCGGCUUGCGUGGCCGAUUCUUCGCAGAACACUACCAGGUCGUGCCAUAUCCCCCUUCCCUCAUAGUCCUAUGUAG